AUGAAUUCGUUAUGGAUACUCACGUCCGUAAUAAUAGCAACAACAUCCGGACAUUACACAUACUCGGUGCCGCAACACGCAGUCGACUACGCCAAGGGAGCAGAAAUCUACCAAUCAGGGCUCGAGCUGCAGCAGCAUAAGGGCUUAGGCGUCCAAGCACAAGCCUACGCCGCCCAAUCGCACCAGACGCAUGGCUUCGGCGGCCAAUCACAGGGCUUCGGUGGUGACGCACAUAAAUUCAUCGGCCAUCACAGUUUUGGCGGCGAUGCGAAUAAAAUCAUAGCACAGUCGCACAAUUUCGGUGGUGACUCAAAGGAGCAGGGUCACAAGUUUGCCAAUCAAGUCCACAAAUUCAUCAGUCAGGCCCCAGCCCAUUCUUUUGUCGUAGAAGCUCAUAAACUACCUACACCAACACACACAUUUGUUGCUGAACCGCAUAAAGCUAUUCAGUCCAGUGAUUUCGGUGUUCAUAAGUUCAUCAGCCAGCCUCACGGAUUCGGUGAAGGUCACAAAUUCAUCCAAUCACAGAGUUUCGGCGGUGACGCACACAAAUUCGGCCAAUCGCAAAGUUUCGGAGGUGACGCUCACAAAUUCAUCGGUCAGUCGCAGGGUUUCGGUGGUGACGCGCAUAAAUUCAUUGGCCAAUCGCAAGGGUUCGGUGGGGAAUCGCACGGGUUUGCCAGCCAAUCGCACGAAAGCAGCGCCGAGGAGCAUGGGUUUGCUGGCCAAUCAGUGGGGUACAGUGGAGAGCAGCAUGAGAUUCACGGAGGAAAUUCUGAGGGAGAGAAGUCGGCCAAAAUCUUGAAACAGGACUACGAAAACCACGGGCACGCCUAUACCUACAGCUAUGCUACAGACAAUGGCAUCAAAGCCCAAGAGACCGGCAAAGUAGAAGGAAAGAGUCUAUCAGUCGAAGGGGAAUACUCCUACACGGGCCACGACGGCCAGACCUAUACGGUUCACUACACCGCUGAUGAAAACGGCUUCAGACCUUCAGGAGCUCAUCUCCCCACCCCUCCCCCGGUGCCUGAAGGCAUCCUGAAGAGCCUGGAGCAAAACGCUCAUGAGGAGGCUAAUGGGAUCUUUGACGACGGAAGCUACAAAGAAUCCCACUCAUCUGAGGAGCAACUACCCCAAUACGAGUCGAGUUACGAGCACUACCAGCCCCAGACCGCCACUGAAGCCCCUCAGGGCCACCACCAGACCUUCCAAGGUCAAGUUCAAUCCUUCCAAGGUCACCACCAGCAACCACAAGCGUUCCACGGCGAACACCAAAGUUUCGGUGGAGGAUUCAGCCACGGUGCCGCAGUCCACGUCACUAACUCCAACGGAGGGGGCUACCAUUAUGGACACUAAGGAGUAACGUUUAAGGAUGGUUGUUGUGUGCUUUGAGUUGUGCUGUCAAUUGUUUUGUGGAGUCAUUUUUUUUAGAGGGAUUAUGGGAAUUAGACUGAUUUUGGUGCGACUCAAAAUGCGUAAAAAUAUUAUAUCUAGUUAUACGCGACAGAAAUUGUUUAGGAAAUUCUAUUUAUACUUAGGAUGAAUGUAGUACUUUGCUGUCCAGUUAAUGCAAGCAUGUGAAUUUUAGAGCAUACUUUGGAUACGAAGUAAUUUUAUUUAUUCUAGAUGAUAAAUUGUCAAAAUUUAAAAUAUCCUGUAGUAGCAUUAUUAGUUGAAAAUUUGCUUUGUUUCAAUGUGAAUAAAUUAGUCGUUAGAUAAUUAAAUUAUUCGGUUCAAUUUUAUUACAAAACUACAGGAUUGUGGUGUGGAGUAAGGAAUUAGAAACUUGUAGUUUUGUUAGUAAAAACCAAAAAGAAAAUACCAAAAAAAUGCUUUACAGCAAUUUGUUAUUAUAAAAUAUU